AUGACUUCACUCGUUGAAAUUGACUCGCUUGAAAUUCUAGUCAUUGUCGACAACGAAGUUGAUCCUAUAUCCUCCUACCAGCACCCAGACCUCAAGGUCUCUGGACAAUUGGCGGAUGUUGCUUUAAGGGCGCCGCUCCAGGAUGGAAGUAGGGGCGGCUCAAAAUUCGAGAUUCGGCUCGAUAAUGUCUGCUGCGGUGCUCAUGGCUUGUCGCUAAUGAUUACAGCCAUCAAAGGGGACAAGCGGCACACUAUCCUUUUCGAUACUGCCCCUGAAGAGCAAAUCUGGGAACUGAAUGCAAAGCGUUUGAGAGCAGAUCUCAGCUCCAUCGAAAGAAUCCAUUUGUCCCACUGGCACCGUGAUCAUUCCGGGGGCAUAUUGAGAGCAAUUUCUAUGAUAAAUGAGGCAAAAGGGAGUAGUGGCAUUCAAGUUGAUCUUCAUCCGAACCGACCAACAUAUCGAGGCUUCCUAGGCCCGGUGGGUCCAGUCUCAUUGGAGAGGGAUCCCACUUUUGAAGAAAUCGAGUCCGCUGGGGCCAAGAUAGAGAAGAAUGACCAAGCACACACAGUACUCGAAGAUAUGUUUCUCGUUUCGGGGGAAAUUGCUCGGAUUACUCCGUAUGAAAAAGGCUUCCAGCGUGGCAUGAGGUUCAACGCCGAAAGUGGCAGCUGGGAAAGUGACGAGCUAAUUUUGGAUGAAAGAUUCCUCAUGUGUAAUGUCAGAGGGAAGGGGAUUGUAGUUUUCACCGGAUGUAGCCACGCAGGAGUUGUGAAUGUGGUUAAGAAUGCUCUACAGCUGGCCGGCGGAUCCCUCCCGUUACUUGCAGUCGUUGGCGGCUACCAUCUUGUCGGACCAAACGAAGCAUUCAUCAAGGACACAGUUGCAGACUUGAAAGCAUUGAAUCCUCGCAUCCUGAUGCCAGGACAUUGUUCUGGGUGGAGGGCCAAGUACGAGAUAGAAAUGGCGAUGCCCGGAAGGCUAGCCCCAUCGACCGUUGGCACGCAGUUUGUGCUAUAA